AGCGGGGCGGGGAGCGCAGGGCGGGGGGAGAUAAGCGGCGCCGAGCGGCCGGGCGGCGCUGGAUGGAGGCUCCCGCCCGCCGGGACGCCCGCCCCAGCCUGGAAUGUCCUGGCGAGCCGCCGCCGAGCGGCACCGGCACCAGGACCGGGACCAGGGAGGGGGCGCGGCGGAGAGCUGUUUCCGUGCCUCAUCUUAGUCUGGAGCUUUGGGCUUUCAAUUUGGAUAAUCUGGCGCUAUGCAUCCAACCCCUGGGCGCUUCCAGGCACUGCUCCUCAUUGCUGCCACCAGCCUUGUCACUGUCACCAGCACAGAUAUAACCCCCCGUUUUAUUUCUGAGCCCUCGUCUACUGUCCAGAAGUCCGGUGAGCCCGUCCAGCUCCGCUGCUCUGCCGAGCCCUCCACAGCUCGCAUUUCCUGGCUGUUUAAUGGGGAGCCUCUGAACAGCAGGGUGGGAGAAGUGGAAAUCCAGUCAGGAUCUUUGACAAUCGUGUCCCUGAGCCCGGCGACGUGCGGGCGCUAUCAGUGCGUGGCGAGCAGUGGCGUGGGUGCUGUGCUGAGCCGGCCGGCCACCGUGUCCAUGGGCAGUUUAGCUGCCUUUGAUGCCUUGGGGACGGCUGCCGUUGCAGCAGAGGAAGGAGGCACAGCUCUCAUCAGGUGCAAGGUGCCAGAAAGUCACCCCAAAGCACAGGUUCGCUUCCAGGUGCGGGGGAAAUGGCUGGAACAAUCAACAGCCAACUACCUAAUUCUUCCAUCUGGAAACCUGCAAAUUUUGAAUGUAUCUUUAGAAGACAAAGGAUCCUACAAGUGUGCAGCAUACAACCCAGUUACUCACGACCUCAGAGUAGAACUCACUGCACGGAAGCUCACAGUCACACGCCCUUCUUCAGGUGGCUCCCACAUCCUUCACCCGCUGGCUCCCCAGAGCCUGGCAGUGCCCCGGCACAGCACGCUGACCCUGGAGUGUGUGGUCAGUGGGUCAGCUCCGGCCCCCAUCCGCUGGCUGAAGGACGGCUGGGAUGCGCUGAGGAGGGGCAGGUGGAAGCUGCUGCACUCCCACCUGGUCACGGACCGGCUCGAACCAUCAGAUGCUGGGAAUUACUCCUGCGUGGUGGGAAGCGACUCUGGAACAGUGAAAUAUGUUAACUAUUCGCUUACUGUACUUGAACCUGCCUCACUCUCCAGGGGACUGCAGGACGAAACCGUGGCCGCAGGAGCGAGUGUCCAUUUCUGGUGCGAGGUUGGCGGCAGCCCUGCUCCCACCCUCACCUGGCUCCACAACGCGGCUCCUCUCCGCCCCUCCCCACGACAUUUCCCCACGGGAAACCACCUGCGGAUCUGUGGGGUCACCCUGGAGGACUCUGGCUUGUACCAGUGUGUGGGGAACAAUGGAAUUGGGUUUGUGCAGUCCACGGGGAGACUCCGUGUCCAGCCAGGCAAAGACUCUGUCCCCAUCAUCAUCUCUUCCCCAGCCAACACCACCGUGGUGGCUGGUGGGGACGUGACCCUGUCCUGCAAUGCCACCGGCCUGCCCGCUCCUCUGAUCCGCUGGUACGACAGCAGAGGCCUCGUGGUCAGCCACCCCACCCCGGGGCUUCCCCCCACAGCACAGAGCCCUCCCCCAGCAGGGCCAGAGCCCCUCUGCCCCUCGGUGCCCCGGGUGGGCUGGGGCUCGCUGCGCCUGCGGAACGUGACCGCGGAGCGCGCGGGGCAGUUCCGCUGCGAGGCCAGCAACCAGCACGGCUCUGCCCUGUCCACAGCCUUCCUUACUGUCGUUCCUUCAACAACUGGCACGAGAGCAGGAGAAACAUCUCCUCUGGAGCUUGCCCAGAGCGACGAGAGCGGCAGCGAUGUUGGUGCAGAAACGGCAUUUUCAAGCUCGCCUCCAACAAAUUCUCCUCUGGACGCUGCUGCAAUGGAAAAAGCGUCGAGCGCCGCCGCCCCGCCCGAGGCCCCCAUCAUCCUGAGCCCCCCGCAGACGCCCAAGCCGGACACGUACAGCCUGGUGUGGCGGCCCGGCCGCGCCGGGGGCCUGCCCAUCAACGCCUACUUUGUCAAAUACCGCAAGCUGGAGGACGGCGUGAGCCCGGCGGGCGGCUGGCACACGGUGCGGGUGCCCGGCAGCGAGAACGAGCUGCGCCUCACCGAGCUGGAGCCCUCCAGCCUCUACGAGGUGCUGAUGGUGGCCAGGAGCGCCGCGGGCGAGGGCCAGCCGGCCAUGCUGACGUUCCGCACCAGCAAGGAAAGAACAUCAUCCUCGAAAAACACACAGGCUCCAUCUCCACCCGCAGGAAUCCCCAAACAUCCCAUUGUUCCUGAAGGCACAAAUAAUUUCGGUGUCAUCCUUCCGGACCUGUCUCGCCACAGUGGAGUUCCAGAAGCUCCUGACCGACCCACGAUAUCCACGGCAUCGGAAUCGUCCGUCUACGUUACGUGGAUCCCCCGUGCCAACGGGGGCUCCCCCAUCACUGCCUUCAAAGUGGAGUACAAACGUCUGGGUCGCAACAGCGACUGGCUCAUCGCAGCUGGCAACAUCUCUCCCUCCAAGCUGUCUGUGGAAGUUAGGAACUUGGAGCCAGGAGAAAUGUACAGGUUCCGCGUGAUCGCAGUGAACAACUACGGGGAGAGCCCGCGCAGCGCGGCGUCGCGCCCCUACCAGGUGGCCGGAUUCAGCGGCCGCUUCUCCAGCCGGCCCAUCGCCGGCCCGCACAUCGCCUACACCGAGGCCAUCAGCGACACCCAGAUCAUGCUCAAGUGGACGUACAUCACAUCGAGCAACAACAACACGCCCAUCCAAGGAUUUUACAUCUAUUACCGGCCCACGGAUAGCGACAACGACAGCGACUACAAGCGGGAUAUUGUGGACGGUACAAAGCAGUGGCACCUGAUAAAUCACCUGCAGCCUGAAACUUCCUAUGACAUUAAGAUGCAGUGCUACAACGAGGGAGGGGAGAGUGAGUACAGCAACGUGAUGAUCUGCGAGACCAAAGUGAAACGCACGCCGGGAGCGUCGGAAUAUCCAGUGAGAGACCUGAGCACGCCACCCAACCCCCCCGAGCGGGCCGGGGGCAGCGGGGCUGUGGCUGCCAGCGGCCCCGUGCGCAGCAGUGACAUGCUGUACCUCAUCGUGGGCUGUGUCCUGGGCGUCAUGGUCCUCAUCCUCAUCGUCUUCAUCGCCAUGUGCCUCUGGAAGAACCGGCAGCAGAACGCCAUGCAGAAAUACGAUCCUCCAGGCUACCUGUACCAAGGGGCAGAAAUCAACGGGCAGAUGAUUGAGUACACGACCUUACCCGGGACGAGCCGAGUCAAUGGCAGCGUCCACGGAAGCUUCCUCAGCAACGGCCUCAGCAACGGCUGUCCCCACGUCCAUCACAAAGUUCCCAACGGUGUCAACGGGAUCAUGAGUGGAGGAGGAGCAGGACUGUACCCAGGGCACACCAACUCCCUGUCCAGAACACACAUGGACUAUGAACAUCCCCAUCACCUUGUGAAUGGUGGUGGGAUGUACACAACAGUGCCGCAGACUGACCCCUCGGAGUGCAUCAGCUGCCGGAAUUGUCGGAACAAUAACAGGUGUUUCACCAAAACCAACGGCACUUUCAGCAGCAGCACACUGCCCGUGGUGCCCCUGGGAGCCCCUUUCCAGCAGGACGCUGUGGAGAUGAAGCCCCUGAGCCCGCAGGUGAUGGUGGCCAUGUGCCUGGCCGCGGCCAGCCCCGAGUGCAGCGCCCGGCUGGAGCAGGAGGGCCGGGAGAGCGCGGAGCAGCCCCCGGCACCGCGUCCCUGCUGCCGGGAGGAUUGCAUGGACGGCGGCAGCUUCCUGCACUCGGAAACAUCGAACCACAUUUUGAGUUGGAGUCCCCUCAUUCUUCAGCCUGUUUCCAAGGACUGUAAGGAAAAACCAGGAUGGAGUUCAUCCGGAAUCACCCUAAAUGGUUCUGGGGACCUUUGUCAGCUCCAGCUGCAGGAAACCUGAGGCAGUGACCGCUGUCCCCACUAACGCCAGAACUGCACCGCAGCACCGCUGAGAGGGAGUCACGGGGGGAUGUUAAUUAUAACAGAGAGAGUCACUAUUUAUUUUUUGUAGUAGUGUCAUAUGAAUGUAUCUUGGUUUCAAAAUGGUUGCCUUUUUAUAUUAUUUAUGCCUUGAAAUCCCUUUUUUGUUGUUGUUUUUUUUUUUCUUCCCCCCACACACCACAAAACUAGCCUGGUUAUGUGUAUAAGAAAGAAUUGUAAUAAUAUAAAGAAUGAGGAUGGGAAAUGUG